CUGAACAGUCUAGAAAGGCAUAAAUUUUGAAAAUGGAACCAAAGAUAACGUUAUUCGAACAUGAUUUUACUGGAAGGAGCAAAGUCUUUACAAAGUCAUGUCCAGAUUUAACUAUGGGAGGCUUUAACAACAUCACAUCAAGUGUUAAAUGUGAAAGAGGAGUGUGGAUAUUGUACCAGGAAAAAAACUACAAAGGCCAAAUAUUUGUCAUAGAAGAUGGUGAAAAUUAUGCUUAUGCUAAGUUUAAAGGCUACUUCAAUGAUAAAGCAUUAUCUUUGAAAUUGCUAGAUGAAAUUGAUUUCACGGAAGAGUCGGAGUGUACAUUGUACAAACAUGUGAAUUAUACAGCGCCAACUCUUACUUUUGCUGAUGAUGUGCAAGAUCUUAAAUGCUACAAUUUUGAUGAAAUGACGUCAUCCGUUGUGGUGACAAGUGGUGCGUGGGUUGGAUUUACUCAACCGAAUUAUGAUGGAUAUCAAAGUCUGUUUCUUAAAGGGAGAUACAACUUUUCUGAUGCACCAAAUGAUAAAGGAGGAUUUAAGAAUGACGUGCUGUCGUCUUUCAGCAAAAUCACACUGGUAAACAUAUUGUAUAUUGUAAUGUUUUAUUACAAAGGAUAA